AAGCUCAAUACCCACUUCCAAUCAUGGACUUCGCUGGUAAAAGAACAGAUGUGGUCGAUUCUGGCGGCGAGGUCGACUACUCCAAUUAUCAAUGGUUCCAAGACGCACCUCCUCCCAGACCGCCGCCCUCCGCUCCCCAAUCUGUUGCUCCCCCAUACGUGCCACUCCCAGGUGUAAUAGAAACCAACAGCGCAUUUGAGUUUGCCCUUUCUGUAGCGCCCAACAUUGUCUAUGCAAGAUACAAGCAAUAUGGUCAGCUUGGAGUGCUCGCAUGGUGUUCAGAGUUUGGCGAGCUGAUCGAGAAUCUGAAAGAACUGGGUUUCGCAGGAAACAUGUUCGUGACAACGCGUACGCAGGCUUUGAAGACCUGUGAAGAGCUCUUGCAGCUCAAACUUGAUAUCAAGAUGCAAAUUAUUGUGAUGUAUCUGUCCUCGCAAGUCGCAAGACUGCGGAGGUUUCUUGAUGGCGAUCGCGUCUGGACGGAUUAUCCAGAUCCACAAUUUCCCUUGGAACCUCGGUCAUACACUUGACUCUAUGCAACAAAUAUGUUCCCUUUUUCAUGUCAUCCCAUUUCUCCCCUUGAGCAUUUCCUGUCGCCGUUGACGGCUGAGUAUAGGUGAACCGAAUGAAUUUGCCGAGAUGGAAAGUAUCACAGCGAAAUUACAACAUAUUAGAGUAUAUACCAUGCCACUAGGAAAUAAUGCCAUGUCCAAAAUACAUUGGAUUGUACAGUGAUAA